AUGCUGGUCUCCGCGCUGAAAACACUACCCUUUGUGCUCGCGGCAUUCGUUGCUGCUGGACCGCCAACAAACAAUCGUAUGGUCCUGCAUCCUGGGAUACUGAAAUACCCUAUCACUGCAUCCCCUGGUGCGCCUUUACGGGCCAUCAAUCGUCGACAAAUGGGAAACAACUUGACGAAUCAAUUAAAGGGCACCUUUUACUCGAUAGAUAUCGAAGUAGGCACCCCAGGUCAGCUAGUUAGCGUUUUGUUUGACACCGGUUCUUCUGAGCUGUGGGUUAACCCUAACUGCAGCAAGGCCAGCAAUCCAAGUCUGUGCCAGCAGCUGGGUCACUUCGACAGCGCCAAAAGUAAUACAUUCAACGAUACUGGUAUUAAGCAUGUUAUCGGCUACGGAAGUGGAUAUGUCAACAUGACCUAUGCUUAUGAGGCCGUGAAAAUUGGCUCUGCUAAGCUCAGGAAUCAGCUCUUCGGGGUUGCCUUCGACAGUGAACCCGAAAACUAUGGUAUCUUUGGUGCUGGGCCGGACCUUAGGGGCUGGGAUGACCCGUAUCCCACUAUCAUUAAUACGCUUGCUCAGCAGGGCUUCACAAAUAGUCGAGCGUAUAGUCUUGACUUGCGAUCUAUCGAAAGCCAGUGCGGUUCAGUUAUCUUCGGGGGUAUUGAUACUGGCAAAUUCUCUGGGCGUCUUGAAAAACGGCCCAUCAUUCCCGCUGAACAGUCCCCAGACGGUGCAACCCGCUUUUGGAUCUACCUUGACGGCAUUACUCCAGUACUUCUUGAUAGCGGAGCCACUCUCAGUUCCCUCCCUGGUCCCAUAGUCAAUGAGCUGCUUAAGGGUUUCCCGUCUGCCCAAGCGAGAGGUCUACUUUACCAGGUUGAUUGCCCUGUCCCUGGCUCCAAUGGUUCUGUGAACUUCAAAUUCGGGAAUGUCAUCAUUAAAGUGCCAUUGGAAGAUUUCAUAUUGCAAGUGGAUGAGAGAUCCUGUGCUUUGGGCGUUCAACAGAAUGACGAAAUGCCUGUUUUAGGAGAUACCUUUCUCCGAGCUGCCUACGUUGUCUAUGACUGGGACAACAGGAAUGUUCACCUUGCCAAUAGUGUAGAUUGUGGUUCUCACCUGGUGGCAAUUGACAAGGGACCUGAUGCUGUUCGGCUUCUCACUGGUGACUGUCGAGAGACUACACCCACUGCCACUUUUAUCGCUACGUCAACAUCCAGCGUCGGUUACACAAACACUGUAACUUCAACUACUUCGUACACUACUACCAGCUGCGUCUCGAAUGUAGCCGGCUGUGUCGUCGGUUCCAUUAGUACCGAAACGAUCACAUCGUUGACAACGUACUGCCCAGCUACAGUAACAUCCAACGUAUCUCUUACCACACCGAACUUUAACUCGGAUAGCAUGUCAUAUACAAUUAGUAACUACCCUGUGAUUAGUCCGUCAGAGACACAAAUUUCCUUCACAAUCGCCGCUAAUCGUAGCCAAAGCAUGAAGACGUGGCUGAUAGGAUCUUUUUUAGGAAGUCCAAGUACUACAGGUAGCUCUUACGAAGCAUCUGGGCCUGGAAAAGACGCCAACUCGCUGCGACCCACUAAGACCAGCAAUGCAGUCUCUCAAAGCCUCCCGCCGUUCGCAUCAGGGGCCGUCAAUCAACGUGUGAUAUCCGCCAUGCAAAUCAUAGUUUAUAUACUCGCGGCUGCUGUAGUUGCAUUUUGA